ACUGCGCUACUCGUAUGGCGGACUCUCUUCUUAACAACUCCUGGCCCUCCUUCUCCAAACUCUGGAUGAAGAGAUGGUCCUUCAAAAGAGCAUCAGAGUGCAAGCCAUGUCAGUCCUGUGGGCCUCCCAGUGCCCAGAUUUGUGUCCAGCCUCAUGCUCCCAGUGAGACAGGAUCUUCCUCCUCACUAUCCCCUGCCUCUAUCUCUGAGGAUGUCUUCUUCGGUAGUACCAAUAAAGACCAGGAUGCGUGUUCAGUAGUCAGCGACUACGACUGCCCCUGUGUGGAGGUGAGCAGCAGUGUGGAGGACCUACUGGGCCUAAGCUCUUCUCUCAAAGACUCGGAGUACUUUAAAGACCUGCAGGGAGAGAUAGCGCCUUCCACAGUAACCACAGUCCCAGAGAGCAAAACCCUAAAUGUUGGCCCACAGGUGUCCCUAAACACAGACAGUGCUGCCAUCAACCAGCCUGCACAGACUUCUUUGAGCACACUCUCCCCUCAGGACAAUGCGCUAUCUUCCCUUUAUUAUAUACACCCUGCAGAAGAACUUCAUCAAAACUUUGUGGUCACUCAGCUAAGUCCGAAGUUAUUGCCAGGUUGUACCAUUGACCGCGGUAACUCCUCCGGCCCUGCUGUAGGGCUUAGCUUGACAAUUAAUCUGAAUGGACUGUUGGGGUCAAUGGAAACAGCAAAAGGAAUAACAGGACCAGAGGAAGUAAAGGAGCAACCCACUAUGGAUUUUGAUGGAGAAUCAGACAUGGACAGCGUUCCUAUUUUAGUCAGAUCCAUGUCAACGUCUCGGAGGCACAGCUGGGGUGUCCCUUUGUCCCCCAUCAACCUGGGGAGGAGACUGAGUCUGGAUGCCAUGGCCAUGGACAGCGAUGGGGAGGGAGAGGAUGACGAGGAGGGACAGAAAUGUCUCUUCCAGUCGACCCAGCAGACCUACAGCUGCACAGCAUGUCCUGGAGAGAAGACAGAUGACUCCAGGCUGACGGUCCCCUGUCCAAGAGCCAGGGUCACAAGCAUGGCUGGUAAUAGCAGGCAUCUGUACUCCCGCUCAGAGAUCCUCGCCACAGACGAAUGUUCCCGCGCUGCACACAUUUCUCGUGUUGUGCAGACAUCCAAACAGGCCGCAAGGGCAGCAGGAGCAGAGGAGUUUGACCCUGAAGAAAACUUACAUUCUACUGAAGGACAUAUGCUGAUGGUACAGAAAGUUCUGCAGGAGCUAAAGCUGUACCAUGGAGCGAAGCAGAGGAACAACAGACCAGACUCCAAAGUUUCAGGAAAUGUCACUUGGUACGAGUUCCUCAAUAAUGAGAAUGAUGAAGAGGAGGAUCGUACAGAGAAGGUGGAGAAAGGCACCAAGGUGAAGAGGACUCUAAGCUCUCUAAGGAACAGGGUGACCGGCUCCUUCAAUAAAGAUAAGGGUAAGAACCGAGAAAAAGAGCAGCAGAAAGAGAGGGGGAAGGAGAAGGAGCGGGAGGCAAAAGAGAAAGUGUGUGACAGCAGAAGCAGCAACAAUCACUAUUUGAUGCCAUGCGCUUUCUCCAGCUGUGCCACCUGCUCACUGUGCAGCAAGACCCUGCAGAGGAAGCAUGGCCUGCAGUGCAUGAAUUGUGCUGUGAACGUUCACAAGAGCUGCAAGUCUCUGCUGGGGGAGUGCACCAGCAGCAGGAAUAAGAGAGAUUUUCCACCGAGGACCGGCUCUUCGGGAUCUCCUAAUCUUGCGCUAAAAGACCGGGACAGAGAGCGGGAGCACUCGGGCCCAUCACAGGCCCUGGAUGGCCACCCAGGUUUUCACAGCACCCCAGGCAUGACUAUAAGUCCGUGGGGACCUAGCACUCAGUACACCAGCUCCACCACAGCCUCCAGCCUUGGCCACAGCUUCCGUCACCGCAACAGCUUAGGAUCCCUCCCUGGGGAGAUGGAUGAGACAGAUGCUCUCCGCUCCAAACGCUGCAACGAAGACGCAAUUUCCCUUGCUCCCUCCACCACCGAGUCCAUCAUCGUUGAAGAUGCUCACUAUGCAGCAGUGCGGGCUGAUCUGGAGUCUGAUGCCCAGGACCUGGAGGCAGAGUCAUGGAGUUUGGCAGUUGACCAGCAGUUUGUGAAGAAGCACUCUAAAGAAAUGGUGAAGAGACAAGAUGUGAUAUAUGAGCUGAUGCAGACGGAGAUGCAUCAUGUGCGAACACUGAAGAUCAUGCUGCGUGUGUACGUCCGUGAGUUGAAGGAGAACCUCCAGAUGGACUCAGGCAAGCUGGACUGCCUGUUCCCCCGCUUGGAAAACCUCCUCGAGCUUCACACACAUUUCCUGUCUCGUCUCAAAGAGCGACAGCGAGAAAACCUUGUUUCACCCAAUGACAGGAACUACGCAAUCAACAGAUUGUCAGACAUUCUGAUCACACAGUUCUCAGGUGAAAUAGGAGAGAGGAUGAAGGACAGCUAUGGAGAUUUCUGCAGUCACCACACGGAGGCUGUCAGCUACUACAAAGAACAGCUACAAAACAACAAAAAGUUCCAAAACAUCAUACGGAGAAUCAACAACCUGUCCAUUGUGCGGAGGUUAGGAGUAACUGAGUGUAUUCUGUUGGUGACGCAGCGCAUUACCAAGUACCCAGUACUAGUGGAGCGCAUUGUGCAAAACACUGAAGUUGGUUCAGAGGAGCACGAGGAUCUGACUCGGGCACUGGGUCUUAUUAAAGACACCAUCGUUCAGGUUGACGCGCUAGUUAAUCUCCAUGAAAAGAACUCUCGACUCCGAGAAAUACACAACAAGAUGGAGCCAAAGGCACUGGGAAAAAUCAAAGAUGGCAGAGUGUUUCGCAGAGAGGACCUGGUGCAGGGCCGGAGGCGACUGCUGCAUGAGGGCACAGUCAACUGGAAAGCUGCUUCUGGCAGGCUCAAAGAUAUUCUUGCAGUGCUCCUGUCAGAUGUGUUGCUCUUGCUACAAGAGAAGGAUCAGCGAUAUGUGUUUGCUACAGUGGAUAACAAGCCGUCAGUGAUCUCUCUUCAGAAGCUGAUUGUCAGGGAAGUGGCCCAUGAGGAGAAAGCCAUGUUUCUUAUUUGUGCCUCGUCCAAUGAGCCCGAGAUGUACGAGAUCCACACCAACUCCAAGGAGGAGCGAAACACUUGGAUGACACACAUACGGCAAACUGUUGAGAGUCGUCCUCAUACAGAAGAGAGGCUGUUCAGUGAGGAGGAAGAGGCCCGAGCCUUCAGACUCAAAGAAUUUCAAGAACGGCUGAGCCAGAAGGAUGCAGUGGUCACCCAGGCUCUUACUGAGAAGCUGCAGCUGUUUGCGGACAUGGCAGAGUCCGUGGCAGGUCUAGAGGACACAGCUUCACGCUCCAGACUUCUGCUUCGAGGAGACGCCUCAGACCUCCAGCAGGGGGAGUCCCUGCUUAAAGGAGCUAUCACUGAGGUGGAGAACCUGCAGAACCUGCUGCAGUCUGGAGUGAGGGACGAGGCUCCAACCUCACGGCUGGAGGAAGGGAACGGCUCUGGGGUUCUGCCCAGGCGAGCAGAUACCUUUGGUGGCUAUGACAGCAGCCCCACCAUCCUCAGUAAGAAUGGCAGUGUGAAGAAAAACUUUUCUGGCGAGUGUAGAAACCGAGACAGAAGCCAGAGAGCCAGCUCUGACCCUCUGCUCAAAGACCUCUGUGGCAGCCACACCCUGGAGCAGACGGUUGAUGAGUGCUCUCCUGCCAGAUGGAACCGCAUCUGGUCCACCUCCUUCCCAGAGGCUGAGUUCUUUGACAGAGUGCUGAUGCUCUCCCAAAGGCUCUAUAGUCUACAGGCCAUCAUAUCACAGCAGGACAGUCACAUUGAGCUGCAGCGGGCCUCGUUGACGGAGCGGGCCUCCCUGCCCGGCCGCCACAGAGGGAACGUGCUCUUGGAGCAGGAGAAACAGCGGACCCUGGCCCUGCAGAGAGAAGAGCUGGCCAGCUUCCACAAGCUGCAGUCUCAGCACCGGCAGGAGCAGCAGCGCUGGGAGAAGGAGAGGGAGAGGCACCGGCAGCAAGUCGAGGCCACUGAAGCCAGGCUCCGACAAAGGGAGGAGGAGUGUAGACGGCUGGAGAUGCAUUUGACAGAAGAGAGGAAGGAGCUGGAGAGUCAGAGGGAGACGUACCAGCAGGACCUGGAGAGGCUAAGGGAGUCCACCAGAGCUGUGGAGAAAGAAAAGGAACGCCUGGAGCAUCAGAAGAAGAUCAAGAGGAAGACUAUUGAGGUGGCUCCUCUGUCUGGCAGUCUGAACGGGGAGCUCCUCAUGUCCUCUGGCCUCAACACCUCCCCCAGUGUCUCGGACCUGCCCCUCCCUCAGAAGCCCCUGGUGCGCACCAGCCUGUCUGUUGCACCAGCCGACUAUCAAGAGCGCCCUGAAGUGAUGUUGCGGCGGGAGGCGAGCUCUUCCACCCUGCCGCUGAAGACAGAGGUGCCCCUUCAUCUCUUCAGCACCACCAACCAGCAGCACAAACUGGUGGGGGUGCAGCAGCAGAUCCCCACAAAGCUGGCCGCCUUUAGCAGCGGCAAAGGGAAAGGAGGCAAGAUUGGCAAAGCCUCACAUCGCACUGACAGCACUGCCUCGGUGGAUAUGAAACAGAUGCUGCCGCUGAAGCUGUCUGCCCGAGACGACAACCCCCUCAAGGCCAAGCGUUCCAUUAGCCCCCACCAGCAGCUCCCGCUGUCAGCCCCUCCUCAGUCUCUUCCCCUGCAACACCACCCAGAUCAAUUCAGUCCUCCAGACAAUGCUGGUCCAGACACCCAGCCCACCUCCUCCAUCAGCAUCUCCCACCCUUCAAAUGUUCUGAAGCCCCCCAUGCCUCCUGCACAGUCCCAUCCUCAGCCCUCCAUCCAGCCUCCAACCAUCCCUCCCCACUCACAGAGCACUGGCUCCCUCCAGUUCCAGCCCCAUCUGCAGCCGCAGGGCCUCAGUCCCAACGCCCAGGCCCACGUCCAGGUAAAUGUUCACGGGCUCAGCCACAGCCACAGCAUGCCGCCACCUUACAAGAUUGCCACAGAAGACCUCAAUAAGGAGGACGUCAUCUUCUUCUAAAGUCCAGUCUGCUGCCCCAGAUCAACCACUGUUUGCAACAACAACAAAAAAGAGAAGAAUUAUGGGAUGGUUGGUGGUCCCAAAUCAACCAUGUUUCCCAUUCCAAGGAGCCGCUUGCAUGCUAUAAUGUGAUGCUGAUGGUGUGUUUAGUGUGGGCAGGUGUAGUGUUAUUGAGGAUUGAUAAGGUAAGAUGGUUUAAAUAUCUGUACAAAGAUACAGCAAUCCAUAACGGAGCACUUCAGUGGCUCAAGAAUGAUGACAUUUCUAUUUUAACACUGCUACUCCAUCUUUGUUUUUAAGAUGCCACAGUUUCUUUUUAUUUAAUUUUUUGUUUCCUUUUAAAGUUAAUUUUAAAGGCUCAAAUGAAGUUAAACUAAUCCAAAGACGUUAGCCGCGAGAGCUGAAGGGGAUUUCACAAUGUGAAAGAAAACCGGUCGGUCAGGCUGGUUAGUGAAGUGUGCAAAAGUGAAAGGUGCUGCGAUGGCGCCCUGGCCUUAACCAUCUGCUUCUACUGGACCUAGAACCACAAGAAAUGAUUUAACAGGAACUCUGAAAUGAUCUUAAUACAGGAACACUUUCAUUUGCACAGUGUAAAUACUCAAUUCCAGACUAAUGAAUGAACUUUUACGGACUAAAUGUGAAUUGUUUGGGUGUUGUCAAAAUUGUGAAGGUUCAUUUUGUUAUCGUUCUUAACCAUGCUUAUUACAGAAGGCUGAACUGUGGAAUACACGUUUAGUGUGUUGCCACUGGUUGUGAAUCCUACAUUUUUUUUGUUCAUGCUGUUGUGUAAUGAUGCUUCAUUUCAAUUAAGGGAGAGUUCAGCUUGUAGCAAAUUCUACUGUUUUUCCAAAUUGUGCCGAGUGAAACAAACUCAGGGAUGCCUUUAUUAUGUCUGCACAGUUUGAUGUUAUGUGAGAUUGGUCUACUUUAGGCCUUAAUUGCAUUUCUUAGCUGUAGCUCUUCUCAAACUUGGGUUUUACAAUGAACUCAUGUACUUUUUCUUGCAGAAUUAAUUUUUAAAAACACCAUUUCACAAGAACAUUAAGUUGCAUUGCUAAUUGAUGAAAUAUCCCUUCUUUAAUACAGACAAUUGUACAUUUUAUUAUGUAUUUUAAUUAGCCUUCAAGUCUAUAGAUUUCCCAAACUUUUGGCAGAGCUGCUGUUGACCCCGUAGACAUCCAGGAAACUAAAUGUUGCAUCAUUCAGAAUACUGUACCCUGUAGACAUCAAAAAGGCCUUACUGAGUUUGUUACAUUGCACAAAAACUAUCCCUUUAAGAGAAACAUCUUUGAAAAACACAUCUGUUGCCAUUUUAGUGGAACCAGAGUUUACCAUACAAUUCAUGACAUUUUAUGCUGCAUGUUGUUUUAAGGGCAAAAUUUACUUUUUAACUGCUCCGGGCAGGGAAAAGAGAAAAUUUGGGGUUACAGGCUCCAUCAUCAUACUAAUAGAAAAUGUAAAGGAAAGCCUCUGUGUUAUUCCGAAGUGUAAACAGCUAAGUCACAUAAUGACCGAAAGCCUAAAUGUGCAUACUGGAGCACGGUGUUAACACUGUUUUAUAUCUCUCAGUCUUAGUUAUUCUGAAGUGGCUUUACUCAUAUGGUGCAUCAUUUUCCUAAUACACAUUCUUCCUCAUAUGUGGUGUGAACAUGUAAUGAGUCUUCUAGAGACUUGCAGGACACGUGGCCAGAAAAUUGAGGCAAAGUAAAGUUUAUACAUUCGGUCCUAAUUUUUCAAGAAGUCGAAAGAAAUUAAAGGUUUGUGUGAUUGACAAGAUAUGUUUUUGAAAGCUGUGCCUGACAGAAAAGUGGUACUGGGAUCGGGUGGAGGGGUCCGGUAGCAAAAACGACUAUCGGCUAAAAUUUCAGUCUUUAUCUUUCUUCACAGAAGAAAUAUGGAGAUGUCCAUAUUCGUGUUCAGUCCCUGUGUAUAUAUGUGACAACCCUUUGAUUCAUUAAGUAAUCGACACAUUAAUGAGUUUUGUGUCUCUGUAGGGGAAAGAUGUCUGAAGAGCUUUUUGUCCUAGUCCAAGUAAGCUUGUCUCUGAGCUGUGAUCGCUAGCUGCAGUUUGAGCAGGUUUUCUGAGUCUUAUGUAUAUUAUGUAUAUUGUUGUACAUACUGUAUGUGUUAUCUUCUGCACCGGCUGCCCUCUUACGCAUUCUUGUAUUAGAAACAGAGAUAUUUGAUGUGCAUCGAGAUGCAAAAGUCAGCCAAAAGUCUGUUUGUGCAUAUGUGAACAUAUACUUAAAAUACACACAUACUGUGUGUGUACAAUACGGUACGCCUUGCUUGGAUAGACUCGUGGCAGUUUGAUUAAAACCACAAUCGGUCGUCGCUGUUGUUUUUAAAUGAACUGAAAAUGAAGGUGUGCAUAUUUAAUCUCCUGAUGUGUGUUGAUGUUGUAGCAUUGAAGUUGAGGUGCGCUGUCUGUCGUCUUUGUCCUGCGAUUCACGAGUGAUGUUUCACCAAGAUUAUGUAGCAGUUGUAAAAACAAAAUCAUCUGCUUGCUUCAGUUGGUUAAACCAAAGACACAUUCGGCUGACUGAGUUCCUGUCUGUGCUCUUGUAUGAAGGAUAAACGACACUGCGCUCGUUGUGUGGUCGUCCACAAAGUCUUACUACUUAUAAAAGCAUGUGUUUACAACACAUUGCAGUCCAGCUCAUAUCCUGCUUCAGGUCUCAUUUUGGGGUUUUCUGUUUGUUUUUGUUUUCCAUCCUCAUGUCCAGAUCACAAAUAUCUCUUUAUACACAUAUAAUUACCUUAAAACCAGAGCACACAAACAAUAAAUCAAAUGGGGUGUUGAAGUUCCCCAGUAUUCUGGCAUACCAUAGCAUCUGAUGUUUUCAUUAUCAGGAUAUGAGCUCAUCUGAUCCAGUUGUAGAAGAUAUUGCAUUUACUGUAUAUACACCAUCUCUUAAACACCACAACAAUGUGAUAUCAAUGUGCCUGUGAACAUACUUGGUAUAACCAAUAAAUAUACCAACCAAUAAAAAUGUAAAUAUUUUUUUCUGACCUUGACAAAACAAUCCUAACUUACAGCCCACUUACAAGCUUUUUUUUUUUUUUUUUGUCCAGAGCUUUCAACCAUAUCGCACUGUCUUCAUCAGUGUAGUUGAGCCAAUGCUUGACUUAAAGGCCAACACGGACGAGAAGUUAGUGGAGCUUGAAUCGGGAUUGUUUUGUCAGACUAAUUUCUCAAGAAUAAAAAUGACCUUUCAUGCUUGACUUUUCAAGACAUUCCCAUGUCAGUCCACAUCCUGUAUUUUCAAGUGUCUCCUGUAAUUCGGAGUGAGAGAUGUUGGGCAGUAAGUGACAGUUGGUGUAAGAGUACUUCGGUUCUGCUCCAGGUAGUUUACUUGACUUUUAGUGAACCUCAACAGAAGUGGUGGAUGCUGCCUUGUUGCUGCCACUGUUUGGAUCAACUAAAGUCUUAAAUGUUCUUUUGCUGUACUGAAAUGCUUAACCUCUUUGCUCUGUUUUUGUGUGUGUGUGUGUGUGUGUGUGUGUGUGUGUGUGUGUGUGUGCCACCAAAAACAGAAACAUUUCUAACCGACUUGGUUCCAGCGUGUUUUUCUUUUAUACACUCACUCAUUCGGCAUAUUGGACCUGUAAUGUGUAAAUAAUCAUGAACAUAUUUUAUUUCCUCUGCCAAUUUUACACUAGUCACUUUGGAUAGUAGCAUACUUGAAGGGGAAAAUGAAUGUUUAUAAUGCUCUUUAUUGUCUGUGAACUUUUAUUUACCAAGAGCUGUCUAAUGACGUGUGUAGCACACAGCAAAACAGAUUUUUGUACCGUUUUAUUUUAUUCACUGCGAGACAUUAGGUUAGAACGACCUGUGGACACAAACUGCUGCCUUAGAGAGAGAGUAGUAAUAAAUGAAUGAAAUGA